ACGAUUUCGUAUUUGUUCGUCACUUGCCACUCAUCAAAACUGUAAGUGCCUAUCAAGAUAUCUUAUCAUAUAUUACAAGGACAAGUAGGAGCAUAAGCUUGGCCGAGAUAGCAGAUUCCUCUCACUUCCGUGGAUCUCGUCAAUAUCUCAAGAAGUCGCUAGUCCGGAAGCAUGAAGGCCUUCACUUGUUUGAUCGCCGUGGCCAUUAUGGCCUCUGGAGCCUGGGCUCAAAGUGAGGAGUGCCCCUUUGGACCCGGAUCCUGCCCCGUGACUUUGGACAACGUGGUCGACGUCUUCUUUCACGACGUUGCUGACUACAACUCUUGCCAAAGGGAAUGCAAGCUCAUUGACGAAUGCAAUUUCUUCACCAUGUUUGCCGUCGUUGGUGAACCCCUUAAUCACCGGAAAUGUUUCUUGUUCAAGUCGUGUGACACCCUGGAAAAUUGCGACCACGAUGGAUGCAUCACAGGUCCCCAAGAUCCUCCUUUGGAUGAUUGUAUUGGAGAUAGCUACACUUGCGAAACUGAAUUGGGCAACAUCGUCGAUGUCUACUAUUUCGACGAGGCUGACGAUUUCUCGUGCCGUCAUCAAUGUGAGCUCUUGGACGAUUGUUGUUGGUUCACCCAGUUCUCGAUCACGGAUCACCCCUCGGUGAAGCACAAGUGCUUCCUUUUCCAGAACUGCGAAUACCACGAGCCUUGCAUUGAUUGCGAGACUGAAAAGGUGUGCGAUGCUUAAUCCUAAAGAUCGCUUAAUUAACAUCAGCAAAAAGAAACUCCUUGUAUGAUAAACUAGUAAUGAAAAUGGCUUCCUCAAUUGUUAAGUAAAACAUGAUUCCGAAAUCUCGUGGCUUUAUUGGAUAAGUGUUACUUGCUUGUUGAUCUGAACAUGUUAGAAAUUGAGAUCCACGUUGUUGGAAAUUAUUCAUACUUGCACGUUGAUUUCAUGACGUCUUUUCCUGUUGUUGCUUUUUGCAUCGAUCAAUUGAUAUCUGGCGAACCUUUUUGAAUACCGGAUUAUGUUUGAUUUUUUUUAAUAUUGACAAAUUCAAUGUGUUUGAAGAGAUGUUCUUCAGAUAUUUUAAAUAUCUGGAAAAAAAAAUCUAAAAAUUGGACCUCACCGUUGUUUUAUAAAAACUUUCAUUUUGUACUUUCAAUCCUUAAUGUAAAAUACAGCGUUACCUCGACGUACGAGUACUAAGAUCAA